AUGCAGCAUAAAUCAUAUUUGAAGAUAUGAUGUGGAAGAUUCGAUUUAGAUUUUGUUUACAAAGUUAAGUGUCAAGAUUCAAGUCCAAAGUCACGAUAAAAUUCAGUUUAUAUUGAAUAUAUGGAACAUUGAAACCCUAGAUAUAUGAAUUAACUGACAAGUGUACAGUAUACCGUGAACAAGCCACGUGAACUAGUGUGUAGGAAAUCAUAAACAUUGCAAAUAUGUCUGCUGUACAGAUGCUAUUCGUGUAUGCUAUUGGAUUGUUUUAUGCAUUCUUUGUAUCACUCCGCAUGAUAUGGCUCAUGGUGACCAAAGGAGGGAAGGUCUUCCACAAGAAAACUAGGUCACUUCCAACGUUCAUAUCGGACUCGUCAUAUGGGGUACAUAGAUACCUGAAAACAAAAGAUAUAAAACUGCAUUAUGUGGCGAGUGGAGAAGAAGACAAACCCCUGAUGGUGAUGCUGCACGGUUUCCCAGAAUUCUGGUAUUCUUGGAGACAUCAGAUCAAAGAGUUCAAUAAAGAUUACAGAGUGGUUGCAGUGGAUACCCGGGGAUGUGGUCACACAGAUAAACCAACGGAAAUAAAAGAUUACAACUUGGCUAAACUUAUUGAGGACAUUAGAGAACUUAUAGAAGGUCUAGGAUAUAAAUCUUGUGUGUUGGUGGGGCAUGAUUGGGGCGGUGUGAUCACGUGGGGUCUGACACAGAAGUACCCGGAUCUGGUGGAUAAAGCCAUUGUAAUGAAUUGUCCCCAUCCAGGUGUAUUCCAGAAAUAUAUGAGGACACACUUGAAACAGUUCUUAAAAUCUUGGUACAUGUUUUUCUUCAGCCUUCCAUGGUUCCCUGAGUGGGUGUUCCUCAGUGGGGACUUAAAGAUGAUUGAGAACACGUUCAGGGGAAAAACUAUGGGAGCCAAGAGGGCAGGCAGUUUCAGUGACGAUGAUAUAGAGGCGUUCAAGUAUAUGUACUCACAACCAGGUGCCGUGACCUGCGCUAUGAACUAUAUCCGAGCGGGGCUGAAGGGUGGAAUGGGUUCAAAAGCUGACCGUCCCCGUGGUCCCAUAGAAACACCGGUACUACUUCUUUGGGGUACAGAAGAUGGCGCCCUGGAGAGCGAAAUGGCUGAGCUAUCUGGCAAAUAUUGCACUGCGUUUACCCUCAAAUGGAUCGGAGGGGCAAGUCACUGGGUACAGCAGGACCAACCCGAAGAGGUCAACAAUCAAAUGAGAAGAUUUCUACAAGCAUAAAUCAACUGAACGUGUUUAUUUUCAUUAUACAUUCAAUUUACGUAUCUUACAAGCUAGACAUGUAUUAACAUUUUUUGACCAAUAAGAUGCCCUCCUUUGGAGGAAGUAAACGUAUUAUUUCGUGUCUUUCUUUUUUCUUUUUUAUAAAGUAAU